AGAGCAGCUCCCUUCUGGCUCAGCGGCUUCUCCACUGGCCAGCGAUGUGCAAAGGCGAUGGCAUAGCGACGGGUCGCUGCCAUCAUGGAGGCGUUGUCCUUUGCCCUGCAGCUCGACGGAGAGGAGGAGGUCCACUGUGAGCUACAGCCGGAAGGCGACGAGGAGGACACGGUGGUGAGAAUUGGCCGUUGCCCCAAGAGCGCAAUAGUCAUCAACCACCUGGGGGUCUCCUGGGUGCACGCAGAGCUCCGAUUGGUGCAGCUGCCCGAUGAGGAGCCUCAACUCUGCGUGCGCGAUGUCUCGGCCAACGGUACCGGGCUUCAACUAGGCGAUGAGGACAUCCGAUGGCUGCCGCGCGACGCGGACACGCCCUUUGGCUUCGCCGAGCAGAUUGUGCUGCCUCAGAAGGUCAAAGCCAAGGGCCGGCCGGAGGACUCCGUGCGCCGCCAGAUUGGUGUACGGCUGCUGACCGAUGAGGAGGCCCAGAAGGUGCGGGAGGUGAAGGAAGCCAAGGCCAAGAAGAGGAAGGAGCGGAAGGAGAAGGAGGAUGCUCGCAAGAAGAAAGUUGCGGAGAAGGAGGCGAAGAAAGCCAAAGAGAAGGAGGGUAAGGAGAGCAAGGAUAAGACCAAGACGAAAGAGGAACCCAAGGCAAAGCCAAAAGAGAAGGAGGAUGGCAAACAGAAGGAGGACACGAAGAAGAAGGAGGACAACAAGAAGAAAGACGACAAGAUGAAGAAGGAGGAUGGCAAGGUUGCGAAGAAGGAGAAAGAGAAGGUGAAAGAAGCGAAAGAGAAGACGGAGAAGAAAAAGAAGGAGAAAGAGAAAGACGAGAAGCCAAAAAAGGAAAAGGACAAGGCCAAGGAGAGAUCGAAGAGAUCAAGAAGCCGGGACACCAGGACCAAGAAGAAAGAUCUGGAGGACGACAGGAAGCAUCAGAGGGGUGUAGCUGAGACGGUGCCGGCCAAAGAAGCGGAGGAGCAACCUAAGGAGGAGGCAAUGGAGGAAGAAGUGGUAGAGGAAGAGGAAGCUGGAAAAGAGGAGGAAAUUGAGAAAGAAGAGGAGGCAGAAGUUGAGAAAGAGGAGGAGGAGGCAGAAGUUGAGAAAGAGGAGGAGGAGGUAGAAGUUGAGCAAGAAGAGGAAGUCGAAGUUGAACAAGAGGAGGAAGUAGAAGUUGACAAGGAGGAGGAAGUAGAAGUUGAACAAGAGGAGGAAGUAGAAGUUGACAAAGAGGAGGAAGUAGAAGUUGAGGAGGAGGCUGAGAAGGAAGAAGCAGCUGAAGUGGAGGAAGAGGAUGAUGCGGACAAAGAGGAGGCCAAGGCAGAAGAGCAACCUGCAGAAGUUACAGCCGAGGACGUCGUGGUGCUGGACGAUGACGAGACGGCGAAGCCUAAGGCUGAGCCGAUGCCACAGGAGAGUAGACCAGAGGAGCUGCCCGGCGCGUUGCCAAGCUGGGUAAAGGUUGGCAAGCGGGUGCAGUGGUUCUCGGCCUCGUUGAAGCGCCUGGUGCCGGUGCGGAUCACCAAGGUGGAUCUGGCGAAGUCCGUGGUGAUCGCGACCUUCGAGGCGGACAGCGCCGUCUGGAAGAGCGUGCAUUUCGCCAUUUUGGGUCGGGAGGAGUGUCCUCUGAAGGGCCCCGAGCCUGGCGAGGAGAGCAGCGAUGAGGAGGAGGCUACCAAGCGAAAGCGUGACCGAAGCAGGACGCCGGAUGUUUGGGAGCAAGAGCGGCGCCGGGUCAUCGCAACCCAGGAGGCAGUCCUGGCGGCGGAGCGCCAAGAAGAAGAGCGAAGGCGGAAACUGCUGGAGGAGGAGCAGCGCCGCAAGGCGGCCCAGGAGGCGGAGCGCCUGAAGGUGCAGGCCGCCUUCGAGCAGAGAAAGAAGGAGGCGGAGGAGCAACGUCUGCGAGAAGAGGAGGAGUGGCGAGCCAGGCUGGUCGAGCGGCGCAAGAAGGAGGCGGCGGAGGAGGAGGAGCGGCUGCGCCGCGAGGAGGAGGAGAGGCAGGAGCGCAAACGAAAGCGCAAGGAGCGCGCGGAGCGUGACAAGUAUGAGCGAGGUCACGAACGGGGGCGCUCGGAGCGGUCGGACACACAGGACAGAAAACGAGACGACAUGCCUCGGAAGAAGGAAGCUGAGGAGAACCGCGAGCGGAAGCGGCAAGCUUCCAUGGAUGCCUUUGAGCAGGCCUGCAAAAACGCAGAUCCACACAAGGGCAAAAAGAGAAAGGAGGACUCAGAUGACGAAUCGCCUCCCCGCGGCUGGCCCAUGAUGCCUGGCAUGCCGUUCAACCCCAUGAUGGCCAUGAUGGCAGCCGCCGCGCCGAACGCGGCAGCCGCCGCGCCGCACGCGGCAGCCGCCGCCCCGCACGCGGCAGCCGUGCAUGCCGCGCCGCAUCACGCGCCGCAUGCCACUCCGCACUCCGGGCAUCCGCACGCGGCCCAUCCGCACACGGCGCAUCCGCACGCGGGGCAUCCGCACGCGGCCCAUCCGCACGCGGCGCAUCCGCACGCGGGGCAUCCGCACGCGGCGCAGCCGCACGCGGGGCAUCCGCACGCGGCCGCCGCAGCCCAUCCGCACGCGGCCGCCGCGGGCAACGGUUCAGGCUUUGGGUCCAUGGGGCCCAUGAAGGGCAAGCCCGGCUGCGGUGCCUGCGCCGGCAAAGGCGACUUCAAGGGUGCCGGAUAUGGCGGUGGCAAAGGCGACUACGGCAAGCCCGACUUCGGGAAGGGAGACUUCGGCAAAGCCGACUUCGGCAAGGCUGACUUCGGCAAGGCGGAGUACGGCAAGGGCGACUUCGCCAAAGUCGACUUCAAGGGCGACUUCAAGGGCCAAGGCUUCAAAGGCGACGGCAAAGGACCACCGCCGCCUUGGCGCUCGGCCGCCGCCACCCGACCCCCGCCGCCCCCACAGCCCAAGGAGGGCAAAGAAGGUGCCCACAUCUUCCCCACUGGCGGCUUCUUGUUCGGAGGCAAGGGGAAGGGGUGGUGAUGUUUGUCCAGAUGUCGGGCUGAGGCCGCGGUAGGAAGAUGUAGGAAGCACCUGUGGGCAGCGUGGUCUAUAGCGUGCGCGAC